UUUCCUGUCAAUAUUUGUUAUUUAACCUGAAUGUUAAUUUAAUAUUUUGAAGGAAGAAGUAAACAAUUAUUAUAUUAUUAAAUUCCAAUUAGAACUGAAUUACCAAAAUGAAUGUAAAUGAUAGUGAAACUGAUCCUGAUUAUGCUACCCACAACAUCGCAUUGAAAAGAGCUGAAAAAUUAAAAGAAGAGAGUAUUAAUUCAGUGGAAAAGAUUAAAGAAAUACUCAACCAAGAAUUCAAUAAAGAAUUAACUGAACGACAAAAUCAAUUAGAACAAAUUGAGAAACAAAUACAUAAAACCAGAAAACUUAUGCAUCUUAUGAGAUAUGUUUUAAUAAGUUCAUAUUAUAACAAAAAAGAAUUAGAAUAUAAUGGUAAUGAUGAAGUAUUAGCAAAAGCUGAAACCAGCUAUCUGUUUGAUCAAAAUAGGAUUCAUCCAGCCUUGAAAAAACUACUAGGUAAAAAUGGAUCUGCUCCUGAUUUUACGAUGUGCAGAAGUGCUAGAAGAAAUAAAGGAGAUAACAAGCCUAAUUUGAUGGUAGAAAAUUUAAAUAGUGGUAAAUCUAAUAAUUCCGACAAUAAAAGUAACAAACCUUCAUCCAGUCAUAGUGUAGAUGGCAAUAGCCACUCUCAACAAAGUACAAAUUUCGAUAGGAACAGACAGAAAAUCAAAAAUCAAAUAAUAGUUGGCAAUAUUUCUAAAUGGAUGCCUUCAUCCGAAGAAGAAAAAUUGACCCAUAAGUGGAUGGUGUAUGUAAGAGGCCCAAAAGAAAAUCCUGAUGUUUCACACUUCAUUGAGAAAGUAGUUUUUUAUCUACAUCCUUCUUAUAAACCAGAUGAUAAAGUAGAAGUCAGUAAACCACCAUUUCAUCUAUCUAGAAUGGGAUGGGGAGAAUUCCCUAUAAGAUUACAGAUAUAUUUUGUAUGCCCCAUGAAUAAGCCAGUAGAUAUAGUUCAUAAUUUAAAAUUGGACAAAACUUACUCAGGAAGACAAACUUUAGGAAAUGAAACAAUUAUUGAUCUUUAUUUAUAUAAUGAUAAGCUGAACACCUCAUCAGAAUCUGAAGAUAUUCACAGCAAUAAUAUUUCAAUGGAUUCUAUGGUAGGAGAUUCAAAAAAGCAUGAAAUAGUUGCUGUAACUGAUAUAUGCGAAAAAGAAAAACCAUCUAUGAGUGCUACUAAAGAAAUCAUUCCAAAUUUUGAACAUGAUUAUUGUACUGAAGAUGUGAAACCAAACAUGAAUGAAAUGAUUUUGAAUAGAAAUGAAAGUGUUUCUCUCAAUUAUGAACAUUCGUAUAGCUACCCCCCUACCCAUGAAUUUUUCAAUAUAGAUGUAAAGAAGAGUAAGCCAGAGGCAAUUGAGCAAGAAAAAAAUCCUCUUAUAUAUGGUUUAGAUGAUUCAUAUUCAGAAACAUGUUCAGAUAUGAAAAGAAAGGAACCAUUGUUUUAUCGUAAAACAUUAGUUUAUACAACAAAAGAACCUAAUAAAAGUAAUCAAACCACUUUAUUGAAUAAAGGCAAAGCUGCUGGAACUAAAAGAAAAUCUCAAGAUUCCCUACUCAAAAAAAUGUAUACCAAAAAGUUGUAUGCACAAGUUGCUUCUUCCAGUAAUCAGAAUUCUGAAAAAUGUAGUACAGAUAGUCUUCAAGUUUACAUGAAGCUUCCUAGGAACGAUUCCAACAUGCUCAAAUUCAAAAAUUUAGGAGAAGCUUUACCAUAUAUAUUCAAGCGUAUGCCUCUGAUUUUAGAUGUCAAAAAAACAUUGUUUCCUUUCACAGCUUCUUCUUCAGAGGAAUACUAUUCUUGGAGUGUAUUCAAACAAACAAAUGCAGAAUGGAGUAGAGCUAAAAUAAUUAAAAAUUUAAUAGAUAUUGAAGAAGUCUAUGAACAUCAAAAAUGGAGUGCCAAGGCAAUAAUGACAUAUGGAAAAUCCCAUGGAUAUACUCCUAAUACUGAUUUCAAUACACUUGAAAAGAAUACAGCUGAAAUCAAACUGAUAAAUAAUUGUUUUAGUUCUUCAUUGGAUAUACCUUACAACACUCCUGUAUGUACUCCUGACAUUUCCUUAGACAUCUUAAAUGAGUCAGUAUCUCCAAAGAAGAAAAAAUCAAAAAUAUCAUGUGUAAAUAUAACAGAUCCAUCUCUUCAAAUGGAAUGUUCGUAUAUUCGAGAGGAAGCUCUAGAAUGUGGAAUUGUUUUGAAAAAUGAACAGAUUGAAGAUAAUGUUGUUUUAAAUGGAGCAGAGAGAAUGAUUUUAGAAGCAGUAAAAUGUUUAGCUAAUCAGCUUGUGAGACGUUCAUUACACAUAGCAACUACUUCACGUAGUUUUGAUGGGGAAAUCAAUACUGUGCAUUUGCAGAAGGCUAUGGAGGAAAGAAAAGAAUUAAAGUCUCUCUCACAAUUCCGCAUCAAACAGACAAAUAAGAAAUAUUUCUUCUAGUCCAUAUUACCAAUAAUGCAUUGUACAUAAAUGAUAAUUGUAUUAUAUUAUUAAUUACUAUUGAAA